CUUCUCUAGAUGGCCAAGGUCAAGGGACAAGGGACAGAGUCGACGACAGAUAGCAGAGACAAGGUGGGGAUGGAUGGUGGAGGCGGGCGGGGGCGAGCAGUAGGUGUGGUGGAAGGACGGGCGGAGCAAGAACAGGGCGGGCAUGACGGACAGGCAGUGAAGCACAUCGCAGAGGCGAAGGAGAGACAGGCCCGGCUGCGGGUAGAAUCCAGGGACGAGGUAUGCAAGGGAGUGACGUCGAGCAUGCGGCACCGGUUUGUGGACGAUCUGCGGUCGCUGAACUCGACAGAGGCCUGGAUCCUCGGUGUGCUGAUCUCGAUCAUGGUCGGCCUCAUCGUCUUUCUGGCCUAUCUUGGCUGGUUCUGGGCCAUCGGGUACAAUGAGGCGACGCCAGACACGCGGGUGCUCAUCUCGCCGGACGAUCAGCCAAACGAGAGUCUAAGCUGCGAAGCUAUUACGGUGCACGUCCAUCCGAAUGGCGGAAACAACACAGGCUCACCCAACGACUCGGCUGCACUCAAGGUUGUGCCAUGCCGCGAGACCUUGUUUGAUGUAGCGCACCGUGGAUGGGCUGCGCUGGGGGCGGAUGCUGUCGGUCCGAACGAGUUGCGGGUCUUUGACGGCGUGGGCAUCCAGCUGGGCACGUUGGACGAGGUUGUGGACGGCGGACACUACUAUCUUGUGCUGGCCUUUGAGUAUUGGUUCUGGCCGGGCCUGUACAUCGGGCACGUCGCUGUUGUUCCGCAUCUCAUCUCGCCGGCAACCGGCAAGCCACUCGAGGUCGAGACGCUGGCGCUGGAGCCGCGACUGUUUCUCAUGCGUGGCUUUGUGUCUGCAAGCGAGGCGGAGCAGGUUAUGGCAGCGGCCAACACAACGAUGAAGCGGUCCGAGGUGCUUGACACAUCGUCGAGCGGCUCAUCGACGUCCAAGGUCUCAGCGGUCCGGACGUCGAGCCAGGCGUGGCUCGGAUGGUGGACAUUGGUGACAUGGACGCUCAAUGCGCGGAUCGAGGCGCUGACCGGGGUGCCAUCGCACAACGGUGAGCGUCUGCAGGUCAUUCGCUACUUUAACGACCAGCACUAUUGGGCGCACCACGACUACUUUGACCCUGCGGUCCACAUUAGCCGGGCUGAUCUGGCCUCAGGCCGCAACCGUAUGAUCACUGUUCUCUUCUACCUCAACGACGUUGAGGCCGGCGGCGCCACGUACUUUCCUCGUGCGGCGGCGCCCGCAGGCGUCGGCCGCGGCCCGCUCUCGUCAUACACCAACUGCACCGCCGGGGUCAAUGUCAAGCCCGAGCCUGGCGCUGCCAUCAUGUUUUACUCGAUGCACGCCGCCGGCCACCUUGAUGGCGCACUUGACGUCGCUUCGCUACACGGUGGAUGCACUGUCGAGUCAGGCAUCAAGUGGGGCGCAAACCGCUGGCUCAACAACAGGCGCGAGCUCCAGCUGUUGCCGUAGUAGGCAAGCUCUCUCGCCGUCCACACCAGACCGAGAUCGGCAGUCGAGCCAAGCCACCAGCAUCGACCACAGUCCAUGUUUAAAAUGCUCAUAUCGC